AGGCGGGCGCGCGGGAGCCGGAGCCAUGCGCCUCUCGGCCGUGCUGGCAGCGGCGCGGCUUCCCCCCGGUUACCGGCACGGGACGUGGCCCCCGGACACGGCGGCCGCGCGGCGCCGGAACCCGCCGGGGCAGCGGCGCCGCAGGGUCCUGGUGGAGCCCAUCGACAGCGAGGAGUGGAAGGUGUUCCAGGGGGACACGGUGCAGGUGCUGAGCGGGAAGGACGCGGGGAAGCAGGCGAUGGUCACCCAGGUCGUGCGCGCCCGCAACUGGGUGGUGGUGGAGGGGCUGAACACGCACUACCGCUACAUCGGCGGCACCUACAUCGCGAGCGAGGCGCCGCUGCUGCUCAGCCAGAUCACGCUGGUGGACCCUGAGGACCGGAAGCCCACGGAGGUGCAGUGGCGUUACACGGAGGAGGGCGAGCGCGUCCGCGUGUCCCUGCGCAGCGGCCGCAUCAUCCCCGUGCCGCUGCAGCCGCGCCGCGACGGCAUCGUCCCCGAGCAGUGGAUCGAUGGCCCAAAGGACACGUCGGUGGAGGAUGCGAUGCAGAAGACGUACGUGCCGUCCCUGAAGACCUUCGAGGAGGAGAUCAUGGAUGCAAUGGACAUAGUGGAGACGCGCAGGGCUAAGAAAUCCUACUGGUACUAAGUGGGGGGCACUGGACACCCCCCCUCCAAGCAAUAAAGACCUCUCACUCUG